AUGUCGCUCUCUGCUUCCGCUCGCCCGCUGAUGCGCCGGUCCGCCUUCAGACAGCUCACCUCCCGAACCGCCGGCCGCCGAUUCGAGAGCACCACCACCAAGGCCUCCGAGGCUGCCAAGGAUGCUGCCAGCAAGACUUCCCAGACUGCCUCUGACUACACGACCAAGGCUGCCCAGGGCCUGUCCCGCGUCACAUCCGCGGCUGGUCCUGCGAUCGCUGGUGUUGCGAAGGGUGCUGCCGGUGCGCUCGGCCGCGUUGGUGGCCGCACGGGAAAGCUCAUCUCCUUCGUUGAGCGCCAAGUUCCCCUUGUCGCCUACUAUGGCAAGGUCGGCAUCGAGCUAUCCAAGAUCGUCUUCCAGGGCCAGAAGAUGACUCCUCCCUCAAUCUCCACCUUCCAAGCCUACUUCCAAAGAGCCGUAAAGGGCAUCCAGAACCCCAGCAGCCUUCUGCAAUCCGCACAAGGCGCCGCUGCUCAAUCCGGGAAUCUCGUACAGCGCGCCCGCAACCUCUCGACCGCCCAGCUCGUUGGUGGUGGUGUUCUGCUGGCUGAGUGCCUCGGCUUCUUCACCGUUGGCGAGAUGAUCGGCCGCUUCAAGCUCAUUGGCUACCACGGCGAGGGCCCUGCUGCUCACCACUAA